AUGUCCCGCGACUUCAGCAACGACACGGACCUCGAAGCCGCCACCAUUGUCGGCGGCGACGGGUCGGAGCGUGGCAUGUCGGCGGGCAAGGACGGCGGGAAGGAGGAGGAUGCCGAUGCCGAUCCUCAUGUCAUCACCUGGGACGGCCCCAACGACCCGGCGAACCCCAUGAACUGGACCAACGAGAAGAAGUGGACAAACAUUGGCGUCCUGUCUUUCCUCACCCUCGUUACUCCGCUUGGUUCGAGCAUGUUUGCACCGGGAAUCCCAAAGAUCCUGGCCGAGUUCCACGAAACUUCUAGUACAACCGCCACCUUCAUCCUGUCCAUCUAUAUUCUGGGGUUUGCCUUUGGUCCUCUCCUCGUCGCGCCGCUCUCCGAGGUGUACGGCCGCUCUCUGCUCUACAACCUAGGCAAUGUCUUCUUCCUCAUCUUCACCGUGUGCACGGCCCUCAGCAACAGCACGGGCAUGCUUCUAGUCUUCCGCUUCCUCAUGGGCCUCGCUGGCUCCGUCCCCAUCACCAUCGGCAGCGGCAGCAUCGCCGACGUCAUGCCCAUCGAGAUGCGCGGCCGAGCCAUGGCAGGCUGGGCCAUGGGCCCACUCCUCGGCCCCUGCAUUGGCCCCGUCGCCGGAGGCUACCUGAUCGCCGCCGCCGGCUGGCGGUGGGUGUUCUGGCUGAUCGCCAUCCUAGCCGGCAUCGUGGCCGUCGUGUCCUUCUUCACCUUGCAGGAGACGUACGCGCCCGUCAUCCUCGAGUGGAGGGUGGCCAAGCUGCGCAAGGAGACUGGAAACCCGAACCUCCGCAGCAUGUACGCCAACAGCCUGCACACCCCGGCCGAGAACCUCAAGCUCGCCAUCGUCCGGCCCCUCAAGCUGCUGUUCACCGUCCCCGUCGUCACCUUCAUGUCGCUCUACGUCGCCAUCACCUACGCCAUCCUCUACCUGCUGUUCACCACCUUCUCCUUUGUCUACCCAAAGACGUACGGCUUCGACGCGGGCACCAGCGGCCUGAGCUUCCUACCCGCCGGUCUAGGAAUGCUGUUUGGCGUCGUGGGAUUCGGCGCGCUCUCCGACAUUGUCGUCACUAGAAAGAUGGCCAAGGGCCACGAGCACAAGCCCGAGGUCCGAAUCCCGCCCAUCUUCACCGUCCCGGCCGGCCUCGCCCUCCCCAUCGGCCUGUUCAUCUACGGCUGGUCGACCAACUUUGCCGUGCACUGGAUCGUGGCCAUGCUGGGCGUGCUGCUCUUCAGCGCCGGCCUCAUGGGCGUCAUGAUGUGCGUGCAAAACUACCUGCUGGACGCCUACCCGCUGUACGCCGCGUCCGUCACGGCCGCGCUGGCCGUGUUGCGAUCGCUCGCCGGCGCCCUCCUGCCCCUCGGCGGCCUGCAAAUGUACAACGCCCUCGGCCUGGGCUGGGGCAACAGCCUGCUCGCCUUCGUGUCCCUCGCCCUCGUCCCCAUCCCCGUCUUCUUCUUCAUUUACGGCGAGAGGCUCCGCAAGAGGUCCCAGCCCGCUCUUUGA